AUGGAGAUGAACCACAAGAUUUGUGAGAUGCUGCUGAUGCACAAGUACACAGAUGUGAACGUGGUGUGCUGCGGUUUGCACGAAUUUGGGCCGUACAAGCACUUCACUGUUCUGGACAUGGCGAAGCAGGUGCGGAGUCCACUGGUGGAGAAGCUGCUCGCAAUGGGUGCCAAACCUGCAGCCAAGUGCGCUGUGCCGCCGUGGCCACGGGAUGCUGCCCCAGCUGAGGCCGCGUUGCCGGCGCCGCCUGGCGGUGUGCUGGGUGCCGCUUGUUUGCCCCUCCUGGAGCGCAUGCAGCAGCACAGGAGGGCAAGUGUUGGUGAACGAAGCCGACUUUUCAGGCAGAUGAUGCUGGAGUGGCAUCCUGACAAGAGGAGCCAGACAGAGCAUGAGAUUGCUACGCAGGUGUGCCAGUGGCUGCUGGGGCAUGCUCGGUGCUUCACAGAAUGA